CUUUGGCAGCAAGUUCAAAGUGCGUUUAAUGGAUUCAAGUAGAAGAAAGUCCAACAAGAUCAGAGAGGUGGUCAGGCUUCAACAGAUCCUCAAGAAGUGGAAAAAGAUAGCAAAUGCAUCCAACGACAACAACUCCGCCGCCAGCAGCGGCGGAAGUGGAAGUCGAACCAUAAAGUUCCUGAAGAGGACGCUGUCGUUCACAGAGGUUUCGUCUUCGUCUUCGUCGUCGUCGUCGACGCCAAAGGGGUUCGUGGCGGUGAUGGUGGGGGAAGAGAGGAAGCGGUUCGUGAUACCGACGGAGUAUCUGGGACACGAGGCGUUUAGGGUAUUGCUAAGGAAAGCAGAAGAAGAGUUCGGGUUUCAACAGGAAGGGGUUUUGAUCAUCCCCUGUGAGGUUCCGGUGUUCGAGAAGAUCCUGAGAAUGGUGGAAAUAAAAAAGGAUGGCAUGUUCUUGCAUGACUUUGGGUUCACCACCCUUGAUGCUUCUUCUUCUUCUUCUUCUUGCUGUGCUUCACCGGACGCCGCCGAGUUACCGACGCCGCCUCAUUAUCCCCAAAUGUGUAGAUGA